GGUCUGUCAGGUCAAAUGGAGAUCGAGGUCCUGUCACAGCGAUCCGCCAAGAAGAUAGCGACAGUCAAAGUCCCUUCUGAUGCUAAUAUUGGCCAAGUAAAACUAGCCAUCGAGAAAGAACUUCCCAAAUUUUACCCCGACCGGCAAAGCAUCAAAGGUGAGCCUAAUGGCAAGAUGCUUAAGGAUGACAUGAAUGUGUCAUCGCUACCGGAGUCUAAAGUUUAUUUCAAGGACCUCGGACCUCAGUUGGGUUGGAGCACGGUGUUCAUUUGCGAGUAUGCCGGACCCCUCUUCGUGUACCUUCUGUUUUACCUCAGGCCGACCAUUUUCUACGGCGCAGCUAGCUUGAAAAACGCAAAGAUGCUUCCUGUUGUUCACCUUGCGGCAGUAUGCUGGAGCGUUCACUACGCUAAGAGAAUUCUGGAAACAAUUUUUGUUCAUAGGUUCUCUCAUGCUACCAUGCCGGUUCGGAAUUUGUUCAAAAACUGCUCCUAUUACUGGGGAUGUGCUGCUUUUGUCAGUUACUUUAUCAAUCACCCAUUGUACCAGGGUCCAUCGUAUGGGGACAUGCAGGUAUAUGCCGGGUUAUCAGGGUUCAUUUUCAACAUUCUCGGUAACCUGAGCAUCCAUGUGGCUUUGAGGAAUCUACGACCGGCAGGAAGCAAAGUGAGAAAAAUUCCUUUCCCAACUGGAAAUCCUUUCACGCUUCUCUUCAGGUUGGUGUCGUGUCCAAACUACUCGUAUGAAGCUGGAAUCUGGAUCUCUUUUACUUUGAUGACUCAGAGCUUGCCAGCGGGUAUUUUUACCAUGCUCGGGUUCUACCAGAUGACAGUUUGGGCGCUUGGCAAACAUCGAAACUACAAGAAAGAGUUUCCGCAGUAUCCUAAAGGCAGAAAAGCAAUUGUUCCGUUUCUGAUUUAAAGAGUUUCCAGUUAAGCUACUGGUGUAUUUGGUUUGAAAUGAUAUAAUUAUGUAAACUUGACUCCUACUUGAAAUUAAGAAACAUUUGGUGUUCAAAUGUUCUCAAAUUUAUCUCUGAUGUUGAAGGACAAUAAAUGUACUCCUGACAUGAUUUCAAUUGCUAUGAUUUCACUCUGAUCAAUAUAAUUAACUCAAACUUAAA